AACUCGCCACUCCAGCGGCCUCAAUAUCAGCAAGGAUGAAGUGAUCGUCGGCGCCGCGGCCUGAGUUCGAGCGGAGUUCGGUCUGCUUGGCGAGGAUGGUUCAUAAUUUCAUCGAAGAAAGCAACGAGAAGCAGCCUCCGCCGAAAUGUGAACGGAACCGCUGCAAUUGUUUUCACAGCAACAGCAAUGACAGCUCCGACGACGAGCUCGAUAUAUUCGGUGGAGUUUUCGGUGAUUCAAUCUCCUCCGGUUCGUUCGGUGGCUACGCCUCCGAUAUUCUUAAGAGUCUGAUUCCAUGCGUGAGCGUCUCGGAGAGAAACCUCCUGGCCGAUACGGCGAGGAUCGUCGAAGCAAACAAGAAUCUCAAACAAAAAGACGAUUUGAGGAAGAUGGUCACCGACGGACUGCAAUCCCUCGGCUAUGAUUCCUUCACCUGCAAAUCCAAAUGGGAGAAAUUGUCAUCUUUCCCUGCCGAAAAGAAGACAAAGGAUAAGCACAAAAGUAAACAUCACAAAGGCGAUCGCCUCUCAAAAAUAUGGGAACUGAGAGAGCGGCAACAGAUAGUUUCCAUGGAUACCUACCAGAACUUGAAUCAAUGGUAACGUAUAAAUUAUUGUUCUCUUUGGAAGCUUCUUUCCAGCCUUGACCUUCUUUUUGCCUGGUGCCUUCUCAUUGAGUAUUUGAGGAGCAUUAAAACACAGGGAGUACUGAUGUACUGAUUUUCUCGGAUUUUUUUUGUCCUUGCAGGAUUUUUGGUCUUUGAAAUGGGUCUCCACCCCACAUUCACAAGUUCAAAUUCCAUAGAAGUCGGUUCUGCAGAUUGCUUCUGCAAUUAGAUCAGAGAUCAACCACUCUUUUGUUAUCCUGCGGAAGAUUGCUUUUGGGAAGGAUCUGAAGCAGUUCCUC